AUGGGAAUAAAUUCCCUGGUAUCGAGUGUGUCUACGACACAAGUCUUCACAGAUCAUAGGAACUUGGAAUAUUGGAUGCAGGCACAAACAUUCAACCGGCAACACGCUAGAUGGCGCAUAUUCCUGGGCGACUUCAAUUUUGAAAUCCACUAUUGCCCAGGGAAACAGUCGGGGAAACCGGAUGCACUAUCCAGAAGAGCGGACUAUGUAGAUGAACCCCAAGAACCAGAGGUCAUGUUACCAUCCGAGGUAUUUGCCAACACGUCUGAGGAAGAACUUGAGAUAGUCACGGAAAUCAGGAACAAACUGAGGGAGGACCCAUCCCUAGAACCCAUUAUCCAAUUCCUGACAGAAGAUGCGGACAAUGCACCCCCCUCCAUUCGGAAAGCUUACAGAGACUAUGAUUGGGAGGAAGACCUCCUAUGGUACCGCGGAAAACUAGUUGUUCCAGACUCUGAAGCCCUGAAGGAACGUCUACUCAGAGAAUUCCACAAUUCACCCCUGGCAGGGCACCCUGGACAACAAAGAACCCUGGAACUCCUGAGCCGCAACUAUUGGUGGCCAGGAAUGAAGUCGUCCUCCAAGGAAUGGGUAGAAUGUUGUCCUACUUGUCAAGCAAAUCGCCGUGCCCACGCCCCGGUUAUAUCCUUGAAGCCAUUAGAAGUCCCCCCUUUCCCGUUCCACACAAUCUCCUAUGACUUCAUUACAGGGUUUCCAAAGUCCCAAGGUCAUGAUGCAAUCCUAGUGGUAAUAGAUUCCUUUUCAAAAUUCGGCCACUUCAUCCCUACAUCAAAAAAGGUGACAGCCAAGGGACUUGCGGACUUGUUCAUCACACAUGUCUGGAAACUUCACGGAUUGCCCAUUAGGACCGUCUCAGAUAGAGGAACCACGUUCACAGGAAAAUUCCUCAGGGCCCUCUACCAAAGGCUAGGAGUCAAGCCGUCAUUCUCUUCAGCUUACCACCCUGAAUCGGAUGGUCAAACAGAGCGGGUAAACCAGUUCAUCGAAUUCUACCUCCGUUCUUACAUGGCCGCGGAUCAUUCAGAUUGGGCCACGUGGCUACCUUUGGCAGAAUACGCCUACAACAAUGCCAAGCACGCCGCUACAGGAAAGACACCGUUUGAACUGGUCUAUGGAAGAAACCCAAUAAUGAACCCCUCCAAUGUGCCAUCCAACGUCCCAGAGGCAGAUCAAUUGGUAGACAACCUAGCCAACGAAUGGAAAGAAGCCGAGGCCGCCCUCAGGAUGAGUAAGGAAAGAAUGGCCAGAGACAAGGGAACUACACCAGAAUACUCAAUCGGUGAAAAAGUCUGGUUGGACGGAAAAAACGUGGAAUUAAGAACCAAUUCCAAUAAACUAGACCCUAAAAGACUGGGCCCCUUCGAGAUCUCAGAAAAAAUUUCCAGCCACGCCUACCGCCUGAAGUUGCCUGAAACCUUGAGGAUCCACAAUGUGUUCUAUGUAGGGUUGUUAUCCAAAGUUCAUGAGUCUCCGAGCCAGCCAUUUCCAGAACGACCUCCCCCUGAAACAAUAGAGGGAGAAGAGGAAUACGAGGUAGAACAGAUCAUUGACUCAAAAAGGCAACGGGGAAAAUGGUUUUACUUAAUCAAGUGGAAAGGAUAUGGACCCGAGGACAACUCAUGGGAACCAGAGGAGUUACUUGAGCAUAGUCAGGAGGAAAUCAAACGCUUCAACAAGUCACAACUGAAAAAGGCUCGUGACUCCGCCAAGAGCCUUUAA